AUGAACCCUGAGUGGCUCCCGCUGACGGCUCGCUUCGACAGAUACGACUACCUCUUUAAGCUCCUCCUCAUCGGUGACUCUGGUGUCGGAAAGUCGUGCCUGCUCCUCCGUUUCGCCGACGACACAUACACCGAGAGCUACAUCUCGACCAUCGGUGUCGACUUUAAAAUCCGAACAAUCGAGCUCGAUGGCAAGACGGUGAAGCUACAGAUUUGGGAUACCGCUGGCCAGGAGCGCUUCCGAACCAUCACAUCUUCGUACUACCGCGGCGCCCACGGCAUCUGCGUCGUCUACGAUGUCACCGACAUGGACUCUUUCAACAACGUAAAGCAGUGGCUGCAGGAGAUUGACCGAUACGCAACCGAGGGCGUCAACAAGCUGUUGGUCGGCAACAAGUCCGAUAUGGCGGACAAGAAGGUUGUCGAGUACACCGUAGCAAAGGUACCAUCAUCUCGCUAA